UCUAAAAGAAGGCAGGAGAGAUGGUGCUCCGACUACUGAUGCGCUACCUAGCCAACAAUGAGCAGCUCAUCCAGCGCAUGGCGGAGAGUUACCCCAUGAGACGUGCUGCUCAACUGGCGGUAGCCCUGAUGUACCGCACCAAGAGUUUGGCCCGGGAGCAGGGACUGCACGAGAUGACGCCGGAGCGCUUUAAGUCCUUUGUCAAUAUGUUCAAAAACAACGUCCGACAAGAGCUAGAGGGAGUUAAGAAGGAGCUCAAUAGCAAGAAAAAGAACUAAAAUGGACAGGGCAAUGAUUGUAAAUACACGGCAAACUAAAUUAUAUAGUCAACUUUAGUAACACAACUGAAUUAACUUUAAUCAAGAAACAUUAUUUAAGCAAUAAAGAAAUUUGUAUCUGUCAGUUUAA